GAAAGCUAAUCUACAGCCACAUACCGACACACAGAUACUCUGCUAGCUAUACAAGCUGCCAACACCAUCUGUCAGGAGCGAAGGAGGAAAACAAAUCUGACUUUUAUUUUUUUUUUUUUAGCGUCGUUAGCAGGCUAAGCUAAAAGGAAGAGCUAACUACAGCUGUCUGAACUCUUGCUCCGUUGAAGACCCCCCACCCCACCACAGGCUGCUGGACUUCACAGAUCCAGCUAUGUGAGUUGCUCUGAUGUGUGAUUUUGUAAAUCCAUACAGUGCCCGGUUGAGACAGCUUUUAAGCUGGUCUGGAGGACCUCUCUCUUACUGUGACACAUCCAGCACACCUGCAGCUGAUUUGGCUGGCAAAGGUGUAUGCUGACCUGGAUUGUAGCUUAACUUCAGAGCAGCCGCCCUCCCCCUCCACUCCCUCAGCUCCCCAUCUAGGACAACUAUGCCUCUGGGUUUGGGAAGACGGAAGAAGGCGUCCCCGUUAGUUGAGAACGAGGAAGCAGAGCCUAUCCGCGCAGGUCUCAAUGUGCCGGGUAUGGACGGUCUAGAUGGAGGCGUUGUCGGGCUGGGAGAAGGUGCCACCUCUGAAGGUCUGCCUCCUCCGCCCAGCAGCAUGAGACCUCGCCUCAUCUUCCACACCCAGCUCGCUCAUGGCAGCCCCACAGGCCGCAUCGAGGGCUUCAGUAACGUGCGUGAGCUCUAUGCCAAGAUUGGUGAAGCUUUUGGGAUCCCGCCGGCUGAGGUUAUGUUUUGCACACUGAACACACACAAAGUGGACAUGGAUAAACUAUUGGGAGGUCAGAUUGGGCUAGAGGACUUUAUUUUUGCCCACAUUAAAGGCCAACGAAAGGAAAUCGAGGUGUACAAAGGGGAGGAUGCAUUAGGGUUGACGAUUACUGAUAAUGGAGCUGGCUAUGCCUUCAUCAAGAGAAUCCGAGAGGGGAGCGUCAUUCACCAGAUCCAGGUCAUCAACGUGGGAGAUAUGAUCGAAUCCAUCAACGGCCACCGCCUGAUUGGCUGUCGACACUACGAGGUAGCUAAGAUGCUGAAGGAGCUGCCAAAAGGGAAGGAGUUCACCAUCAAGCUGGUGGAGCCUCUCAAAGCCUUCGAUAUGAUCGGCCAGCGGUCUGGAGGUUCCAGGUCAGCGUCAGGGGUUCAGCUGGGGACCGGCAGGGGAACUCUGCGGCUGCGCUCGAAAGGUCCUGCUACUGUGGAGGAACUGCCUUCUGCAUUUGAGGAAAAGGCCAUUGAGAAGGUGGAUGACCUACUUGAGAGCUAUAUGGGGAUCAGAGACAGCGAGCUGGCGGCUACUAUGGUGGAGCUGGGAAAGGAUAAAAAGAACCCUGAUGAGUUUGCUGAGGCUUUAGAUGAAACCCUGGGAGACUUUGCCUUCCCAGAUGAAUUUGUUUUUGACGUCUGGGGAGCCAUCGGCGAUGCUAAGGUCGGGCGGGUGUAACCACAGAAACUAAUGGAGCAGAACCACCUAUUUGUGUGUAUGUGUGUCACCCACAACAUUCAGCACUACUAGGAAACACUACCGUCAUGAGUUUGUUCUUAUUUUAGUGUAUACUCCAACUAUUUUUAAUUUAGUUUUGGGAGACUCUGCCUCAGCAAAGAGGGUAUUUCCAGUCAAUGGGAGAAGAAGGUGACUGUGAUGACUUCCCAAGUGCUUUUAUUUGUCUUCCGGCGUUUUCCAGACUCUAGAAGCACGCUGACGAGCAUUCCCUUUGAUCGCAUCACAUGAACCUGCAUGUCAUUAUUGUAGAAACUGACAAGUUCAUCACAAAUCUCUAAAAAUGGGAGAAAUGAAAGUAGGCAUAAAAAUGUGAUUUUUCUUUUCUUUUUUUGUUUCCACAUUGCACUGUGUUGCACUGCGCUGUUAAAUCAACAACAAAAGUGAACAGAGAUUGCACUGUACCGAGGUGAGCAGCACAGGUAUUGCACAGUACAAGGCCUCAGCUUUAGCCUCCCUGACAUACAGUGAACCACUCCAUGUUACUGUUACAGAUUUGUUUUAGAAGCAUGUGCUGUUAUAUUUUUAUCUACAAAAUGAAUCUGCUGGUUUUUUGUCCUUUUUUUUGUAAAUGAUAAAAAUUGGGAUUGCAAAAGGGUCAUAGUAAAGUGUAGCUUGCUGACUAAGGUCAGUGGUGUUUGUUCACUGUUAAAAUACUCCAUGCUGUAUUGAAGUUAACUGUGCACACAGCAGCACAUUCCAGUUUUACUUUCAUACAUUAAGACAGUGUUAAAGAAAAUCAGUGUUAAUUUACCUUUUAUUGGUCAUUAUAUGAGAGUGAGAAGCUGACUGGUUUCCAGGUUUGUGGAUUGUGUUGACUUUUUAUUUUUUAUAGCUAGUGUUUUUAUAUAAAGUGAUGUGAUGUCUACUUAAAAAAUGGUUUGUGUAACAGAUGAAGAAUGAUUUUGUGUUGCAACUACUUUAUUGUUUUGACGCGUUACAGAGAGUGUUAAAGAAGAGAAAAAGUCCUGAGAUGGAGGAGUUAUGUAAAAACAAACAUUGAUCAGAUAGGAACAAAAUGCCUUUUAUUUCUUCUUAUUUCAUGCAUUUUAUACAUUUUUAUUAGAAGUAUGCAUUCUGGUGCAUGGUGCUUUAAAAAUGAAGUAUACUGUCAGUGGAGCAGAAUGAUACCAAACUACUUCCAUCAUGUGUGUCACAGACACUGUGACUUGUGUUGUUCAUAGAGAGGAAAAAAACAGGCAAUGUUGAAUUUCCAAGAUGCACCAACUACCCAGCGUAGGUAAACAUGUCUUAAAGAAACUCUAGGUGUUAACCUUUUCAGUAUAUCCAAAUGUAUGAAGCUAUUUUGUAGUAAGUUUUUGUUUCAUUCUUCAGAGUUAAUGUAUAUCUAAAAGGAUUAUGUAAUGAAACUGACGCUAGAACACUGUAACACUGAGAAGAACACAUUAUUUUGAUGGCUUUGUAUCACACUGUUGUCAUUGUCCAAUUAUAAUGCAAUAAUAACAUUGACAUGGCAGUUUUUCCUCUGUUUGGUCUUUCUUAAACGCAACACAAUGUUCUGUUUGAAGC